AUGACUGCACCAACUACAAGAAAAGACCUCAUGAUAGUCAAUAUGGGGCCUCAGCACCCAUCAAUGCACGGUGUUCUUCGACUCAUCGUUACUCUAGAUGGUGAAGAUGUUGUCGACUGCGAACCAAUAUUGGGUUAUUUACAUAGAGGGAUGGAGAAAAUUGCGGAAAACCGAACAAUUAUACAAUAUUUACCUUAUGUAACACGUUGGGAUUAUUUAGCUACUAUGUUCACAGAAGCAAUAACCAUAAAUGGACCCGAACAAUUAGGCAAUAUUCAAGUACCUAAAAGGGCUAGCUAUAUCAGAGUCAUUAUGUUGGAGUUGAGUCGGAUCGCUUCUCAUUUGUUAUGGCUCGGUCCUUUUAUGGCGGAUAUUGGUGCGCAGACCCCUUUCUUCUAUAUUUUUCGAGAAAGAGAAUUGAUAUAUGACCUAUUCGAAGCUGCUACCGGUAUGCGAAUGAUGCAUAAUUAUUUUCGUAUUGGAGGAGUGGCUGCCGAUCUACCCUAUGGCUGGGUAGAUAAAUGUUUGGAUUUUUGCGAUUAUUUUUUAACAGGGGUUGCUGAGUAUCAAAAACUUAUUACCCGGAAUCCUAUUUUUUUAGAACGAGUUGAAGGCAUAGGCAUUAUUGGGCAAGACGAGGCAUUAAAUUGGGGUUUAUCGGGACCAAUGCUACGAGCUUCCGGAAUAGAAUGGGAUCUUCGUAAAGUUGAUCAUUAUGAGUCUUACGACGAAUUUGAUUGGCAGGUUCAAUGGCAACGAGAAGGGGAUUCAUUAGCUCGUUAUUUAGUACGAAUCGGUGAAAUGACAGAAUCCAUAAAGAUUAUUCAACAGGCUCUGGAAGGAAUUCCAGGAGGGCCUUACGAAAAUUUAGAAAUCCGACGUUUUGACAGAUUAAAAGAUCCUGAAUGGAAUGAUUUUGAAUAUCGGUUUAUUAGUAAAAAACCUUCUCCAACUUUUGAAUUGUCGAAACAAGAACUUUAUGUGAGAGUUGAAGCCCCAAAAGGAGAAUUGGGAAUUUUUAUCAUAGGAGAUCAGAGCGUUUUUCCUUGGAGAUGGAAAAUUCGCCCACCAGGUUUUAUCAAUUUGCAAAUUCUUCCUCAGUUAGUUAAAAGAAUGAAAUUGGCUGAUAUUAUGACAAUACUAGGUAGCAUAGAUAUCAUUAUGGGAGAAGUUGAUCGUUGA